AUGGGGGCUCUAUUUGGUAAGAGUAAACCAAAAGAGGAAAAGCAUCAAAUUACUGAACAAGAUCGAGCUGUUUUGGGGCUCAAGCAACAACGAGACAAACUGCAACAAUAUCAAAAAAGGAUCAAAAUAAGUUUAGAACAAGAAAGAGCCUUCGCGAAAGAUCUUGUGAAGCAAAAGAAAGUAGAUAAAGCCAAACUUCUGUUAAAGAAGAAAAGAUAUUAUGAAUCGCUACUAGAAAAAACGGAUGGUCAGCUUGAUGGUUUAGAACGAAUGGUAAAUGAUGUAGAAUUUGCCAAGAUACAGGUACAAGUUGUGGAACGCUUGAAGCAGGGUAACGAGUGCUUAGAUAGAAUGCAUAAGAUGAUGUCUAUUGAAGACGUUGAAAGAAUUAUGGAUGAAACGCAAGAAGCUAUUGAAUAUCAAAAGCAAAUUGAUGAGUUGUUGGGUAAUACGCUGACAGACGAAGACGAAACCGCAGUUCUUGCUGAACUUGAACAAAUUACACAACAGGAACUUCAAAAUUUACCAGAUGUUCCUGCAGCAAGUCUUCCUGCAACUACGACAGAAGACGUCGAGUUACCUGAUGUACCAACUGAAGAUCCGGGAGUUACGAAACCAUGUAGUAUCGGAAUAAUUUGA